GGUUGGAGGCGUAUCAGCUGACCAUUUCCCAGCCCCGUUCAAUAUGGCGUGGCCUGUGCAGGAAAUGUGGAGAGUGGGAAUGGUCGGUGCGGCUGUGUAAUGCCUUGAAGCGCUGGGUCAGAGGCAUAAGGCUGCAGAGGAAGGAGCAUAAUGAUAGCCUGCAGGCCACCAGCAUCAGAGAUUUUCAAAUAUAGUUGAGGAGAAAUCUAAGCUAAUGACUAGCACAUCUUCCUUGAGGAUUUGGUAUCUGGGAUGCACUUUGGCUCCAUAUAGAAGUGUGGUAACACUGCAGCUUCAGAACAGUUGUAAUCUCUUGCCAGCAACUACUGUUCAAGUCAGAAGUUAUUCUUUUGUCAAAGACAUGGAAGGUGAACAGACACAAGAUAUGGAAACAGAUGAUUCUAAUCUGAAACCAAGUGUGGCUCAGUCACCUAAAGCAGGCACCAGUGAUGGCUGUGAGCAAAUAAAAAAUGGCAAAACUCUGAUCACAGAAGGGAAGGCGAGAAUAAUUUUUCCAAGUGCCAAUGAAGUCUUCUACAACCCUGUCCAGGAGUUCAACAGAGACCUUACGUGUGCAGUCAUUACAGAAUUUGCUCGCCUACAGCUUUCAUCAAAAGGGAUUAGGAUUGUUGUCCCUGGGGAGAAAGAUGGCUCUAAAGUUGUUGUGGAUCUCUCAGAGAGAGAGAAGGAUGAUGACUUGAAACAACCACCUUCUGAUGUUCAGCCAGAGGAGGGGGAUCAUAAAGCUGCAGCAGUGGGAGAAGUUUGCCAGGGUGGACUGAGAGUUCUGGAGGCCUUGGCUGCUUCUGGCCUACGCUCCAUUAGGUUUGCCAAGGAGGUACCUGGCCUUCACAGUGUGGUGACUAAUGACUUCUCUUCCAAGGCAGUAGAGCUCAUAACCCAGAAUGUUCAGCUUAAUGAUGUGGGUCACCUGGUGACUCCAAGCUUGUCAGAUGCUCGGAUGCUGAUGUACCAGAGUAAGGUAGACAAAGAGCUCUUUGACAUCAUUGAUCUGGACCCAUAUGGCAGCCCUUCCACUUUUCUAGAUGCUGCAGUGCAGGCUGUUAGCGAGGGAGGUCUCUUGUGUGUUACAUGUACUGACAUGGCUGUAAUGGCUGGGAACUCUGGGGAGACCUGCUAUAGCAAAUAUGGGGCCAUGUCAAUCAAGGCAAGGUUCUGUCAUGAAAUGGCCUUGCGGAUUAUCUUGCACAGCCUUGAUCUACGUGCCAACUGCUACCAGCGUUACAUUGUCCCGCUCCUGUCUGUCAGUGUUGAUUUUUACAUCCGUGUUUUUGUCCGAGUCUUCACUGGGCAGUCUAAGGUCAAAGCAUCUGCCAGCAAGCAGGCUUUGGUCUACAAUUGUGUGGGCUGUGGUUCCUUUCACAUACAGAGACUUGGCAAGAUGGCUAACAAUGGAAACAAUGUCAACUACAAGGCUGCCUGUGGGCCUCCUGUGGGCCCAUCCUGUGAGCACUGUCAUCAGCGCCACCAGCUGGCUGGCCCUUUGUGGGCAGAGCCUCUCCAUGACGUAGGCUUUGUCCAGCAAGUUCUCUCAGCAGUUGGGAGCAACCCAGGACGCUUCCAGACAAGCCAGCGGAUUCAGGGCAUCCUGAGCAUGGUGCUGGAGGAACUCAAUGAUGUCCCUCUAUAUUACACCCUUGAUAAUCUCAGCAAAACCGUCCACUGCAGCAGUCCCUCAUUGCUGCAGUUCAGAUCAGCUCUCCUCCAUGCGGGUUACCGGGUGUCACUGUCACAUGCCUGCAAGAGCGCCAUCAAGACAGAUGCACUACCACCUGUGGUUUGGGACAUCAUGCGUUGUUGGGAGAAACUCAAUCCUGUGAAGAGAGAGCGCCUUUCAGAGAGCAGCCCAGCUGCCCGCAUUCUCUCUGUGGAGCCCAAGUUGCAGGCUUCCUUCACUGUCCGAGCAGAUGCUAAUCCUAGCUCACGAAAGCAGGGCCUCAAAAGAUUCCAGCUGAAUCCAGAACCCUUCUGGGGGCCGAAAGCAAGAGCAAAAGCUGGGGGUGGGAUUUCCUCCAAUCUGCAGGAGAAAAGAAAGCUACAUCAAAACAAGAGGAAAGCAUGUGGGGAAGAGAGUGAUGGGGCCCACCUGAAGAACUUCCCCUGUAAAAGGUUCCGGCAAGGCAACUGUUCACUUGGGGACAAAUGCCGUUACUCCCAUGAAACAGAAAAAGAAACGGAGCCAAGUGACACAUCAUGAAAAUGGCCCUGAACACCUGCUUGGAUUUGAUUUUUGUGUUAAUGGAGAGCCUUUAUAUUAAACACUUGUCUAUUGGUGAUUUUCCUGCCAGUAAAUGAGAAUAUCUUUUAAUGAUGUUUAAUCUGUAUUUCGUUAUUAAGCUGACCACCUGUUAAUCAGUCCCACUUUUGAGCCUGACAGAAUCCAUGCUCUUCAGAUGUUCCCAUGGAAAGAGACAAUUGCCCCAGUCUCUGAAACUUGUUGCCUCAAUAAAGUAUGAGAGAUCUGGAA